CAGCUUAAUUUCCAUAUUUUCCAUAAAUGAAGUGGUGCUUUAUCAUGCGCGGAAUGCACUUAAAGGCAUGGUACGUCCUCAGAGUUUAAAGAUUUGUCAAUUCCAAAUCAACACGGGCUUCAUACCGGAACAAGAAACAUUGAUAACAUUUUCCUCGAAUGAUCUCGAUGAUUUACCGGAUGCCGAUCAGGUUCCUCAUGACUUUUAAGUUUCGCUGUCGUUGAGUUUCACGGAUAACGAAUUUCCGCCGAGUAGGAAUCCUCCUUGGUUACCAGCAAAGCCCAUAAGAAACGCACAACAUAUAUUUAGUUCGCAAUUAGAAUUCGAGGAAAUGGUGGAUAAUUUCGUGACAAAACCUAGUUCGAUCAACAAACCUACGCCUGUUAGGUCAGCUGCUUCCGUAGAUAACGCCUAUUUUACCAGAUGCUACCGAAAUAAAGCAAGAGGAUGUACCUCGAAUCCAACCUCAACCAUCACCACCAAUAGACAUGCUCAAUUUAAACCAGCCCCAACCCCAGCUGCCGGUGCAAGAUCCACAAGCCACAACGAGUGACGCUAGUUUCGAUUUGCUUGGAGCAUUCGGGGAUGAUAAUUCAUCUGGCAUUGGCUCGGCUCCAAUACCUGAUAUUUUAGAAAUUAAUGUACAACCAACUUCAAAUGUCAACCUUGAUGAUAUCUUCGGCUCAGUUGCUUCAUCGGCGCCGAAAAUCAACCUGGAGUUUAAUAGUUUUUCUGUAAACCAGCCGACACCAACUAGUGCAAACCAACCUGGUGUAUUGGUGUGUGUCGCGUCAGUCUCAGCAAAAUAGUCUUGCAUCAACAACCAGAGCUCAGUACGUCAUAGUUAUUUUUCUUCUCUGUUUUUGGAAGCUAGUGCAAUGAGGUAUAGUUUUAAUAAACAUUUAUUCGAUUUGAAAUUUUUA